AUGAUGCUUUCUGCACGUUCGGCGCUGCUGGCCGCCCUGCUGUGCCAUGGCGUCAUCGGCGGCCCAGCCGUGAGGCCAUCGCCGCAGCACGUCUUGACAGGCGACCACCACCAGAUUGAGAGCCAGCAGCAAGCACCGCGCAAGCUGCAGGGCCGAUUCCUACACAUCACAGACCUCCACCCCGACGAGUUCUACAAGGUGCACUCGUCCACGGCGGAAGGCGACGCGUGCCACCGCGGCAGCGGCCCCGCGGGCACCUACGGCGCAGAGACGUCCGACUGCGACACGCCCUGGGCGCUGAUCAACGCCACCUUUGACUACAUCGGGAAGCACUUCAAGGACCAGAUCGACUUUGUCGUCUGGACCGGCGACAGCGCCCGGCACGACAGCGACGAGAAGAUCCCGCGCUCCCGGUCCCAGGUCCUGGGCUCGAACCGCGCCGUCGCCCACAAGUUCGCCGAGACCUUCGCCGACCAGACGGGCCACCAGCUGGCCGUGCCCGUCGUCGCGACGCUGGGCAACAACGACAUCCUGCCGCACAACAUCCUGCUCCCCGGGCCCAACAAGUGGCUGCGCUACUAUACGGAGAUCUGGGCGCCCUUCAUCCCCGAGGAGCAGCGCCACUCGUUCGAGUUUGGCGGCUGGUACUACGUCGAGGUCAUCCCGAACCGCCUCGCCGUCUUCAGCCUCAACACGCUCUACUUCUUCGACCGCAACGCCGCCGUCGACGACUGCGUCAACCCCGCCGAGCCCGGUUUUAAGCAGAUGGAGUGGCUGCGCGUCCAGCUGCAGUUCAUGCGCCGCCGCGGCAUGAAGGCCAUGCUCAUGGGCCACGUGCCCCCCGCCCGCACCGACAGCAAGCAGCUCUGGGACGAGUCGUGCUGGCAGAAGUACACGCUGUGGCUGAACCAGUUCCGCGACGUCGUCGUCGCCGGCCUCUACGGCCACAUGAACGUCGACCACUUUAUGCUCCAGGACGCCAAGGACAUUAAUUAUGACAUCCUCGGCGCCGGCGAGAAUGCCGCCGCCGCGGAGGACGUGUUUGUGCGCGAGUCCAUGGAGGACGAGCUGUCGGUCGCGUCGACGGCCGACUACCUGCAGGAGCUGCGCGAGAACUGGGCCAAGCUGCCCAAGCCGCAGACCAUGUCUGAGCAGGAAGUGGAGGGGGAAGAAGAAGGGGGCCCAGACAUGGAAGGGCAGGGCGGUAAGAAACACAGGAAGAACAAGGGCAAGGGGGGCAACAAGGACCGUAAGGGAGGCCGCUGGGGCGAGAGGUACCAACUCACGCUCGUCGGGCCCAGCAUCGUGCCCAACUACCUGCCUACCCUGCGCGUCUACGAGUACAACAUCUCCGGCCUCGAGGACGUGCCCGUCUGGGCAGACGUGCAGCGCUCUGCGCCCGCCCCGGUGCCCGCUGCCGCCGCCGAGCCGGAAGACGCAGAGGGGAUGGUCAUCGAGCUGCGCGGCGCCCCCGCCGGGGCCGAGAACCAGAAGAAGGGCGGCAGGAAGAAGGGCAAGGGCAAGAAGCCUAAGAAGCCCAAGGACCCGAACCUGGUCGUGCCGGAGCCGCCCUCGGCCCACACGCCUCCCGGGCCGGCGUACUCGGCGCAGCCGCUCACGCUCACGGGCUUCACGCAGUACUUUGCCAACCUAACGCACAUCAACAACGACAUGACGGCGGACGACAAUGGCGACGACGUGGACGAGUCGCGGUGGCGGCGCGGCAAGCACGGCGACAGGGAUCCGCAGCGCAAGCCGGCCCGGCCGCGCGAGUUUGCGUACGAGGUCGAGUACAGCACUUUUGACGAUGCGCUGUACAACCUCACUGACCUGACGGUCGGGAGCUACGCCGAGCUGGCGUGGCGGAUGGGUCGGGAUGCCAGGCUUGGGAAAGAUGCGCAGGGCUUCGAAGGGGAGGAUGGCGAUGAUUCUGAGGAUGAAGUUGAGGAGGCUGAGGCAGAUGGUGACGAUGAUGAUGAUGAUGAUGAUGAUGAAAACGAGGUCGAGGCGGACGGCAAGAAGCACAAGAAGAAGGGCAAGAAGCACGGGCGCAAGAAGCACAAUAAGGUGUGGCUGCACUUCCUGUCGCACGCCUUUGUCAAGACGGUCGAGCGCAAGGACCUGAAGAAGCUCGACCACUAG